CUAACUUCACGCAAGUCAGAAAUUUCUUGGAGGUUAGAUUUUUCUCCUAAAAAUAUAAAAAUCUUAAUUUAAUAUAUAUAGUGAAAUGGAUAAAAUAUUAUCAAAAUAUUCGAUAUCCAGGUGAAAUAAUAAUGAAAAAGUAAUACAAUUUUAAGUGUAUCAACAAAUAUCCAUGUGAUAAAAGCGACUUUUUUUUUAACAAAAAUGGCAAAUCCAACAAUAAACGGUGGUCAGAAUUAUUAUUGGAGUACGGAGACAGUUUCAACACAAUCGACAUUAUCACAAAAUCAUGAUUAUUAUUCAUCGGUAAUGGAAAAUUUUUCACUUCCCGAUUUUACACAACCACCGCCAAAUUAUCGUUUACCACAAUCAACAAAUAUGGAAAAUAAAAUUGUCAAUUAUCAACAAUUUCCAUCGACAAAUAUAAAUCAUAUUAAUUCAUUUCAAAAUGGUAAUAUUUCAUCGUUAACCUCUAAUUAUCAACAAAUGAAUCCUCAAAAUUAUUCUCAUCAACAAUCAGGAUCGUCGAUAAUUCAAGAAAAUUGCAAUUACACAUAUUGGUCGUCAAAUUCAAUAAAUGUAAAUAAUACAAAUCGUGUGGAAAUGAAUUGGUCAAAAUCAAUGAAUCAUAAAAAAUGGAGUACACCAUCGACGUCGAAUGAAAUUAUUUACACUCAAGAAUUGACGAGAAAUGAUGAUAAACGUUCGUCAAGACAUGAAUUUACCAAAAGAUCCGAUUGGCGACGCGAUAAACGAUCAAAUAGUCGCGAUAAUAAUCGAAGAAGAUCCAACAGUUCUGAGAGUAGAUCACGAUCAACUAAAUCAUCCAGAUCGAGAUACGAUGAUCGAAGGGACGAUCGAAGAGAAAGGUAUAAUAAUUAUGAGCGAAGAAGAAGAUCAUCGAGGGAACGAUCUUAUGAUAGAAGAAACGAGAGAUUAUCACAUCGUGCAAAUGGUUCCUAUAGUUCACGUUCAUCGACAACAAAUUUAGAUCGUGUCAAUGAGAGUCGAAGAAAAAGAAGAUCCAAAUCUCACGAUUCACCACCUUCUCGUUCAUCAUCUCCAAAUAAAUUGUUGACAAAAAAAUGUCUUUCCGAAAGAGAACUUAUUUUAGAAAAAUACAGACGAAAUUAUUGUGCAACGAGUAAAGAUAUUGAGAGAAAAAUGGGCGAAUUGAGUGCAAUGGGUACUGAGGGAAUUCUUGAGAAUGAGAGAAAAAUAUGGACACGAACAGCACCUGCCGAUUUAUAUUAUUCGAGGGAUGAGAAAAAUCCAAAAAUAAUGCGCGCCACGAUAAAAUUAAAUGAAUUGUGUGAAAUUUUCAAGAAAUUAUUUAUAGAACGCGCAGCAGCCGCCAGAGCUUUACAGCCGGCAUAUGAACCACCGCCAAGAAAAACAAGAGCUCGUUUAUGUAAACACAAAUCCGAAGCUUGCAGUAGUUCAUCAUCGGAUAGUGACAGUUCAUUAGAAGAAGACGAUAGAACAAUGGAGGAAUUAAUGGCUAAAAAAUCACAUCCCCAGAGAUUACAUCCUGAAAUGUGGUUCAAUGAUCCCGGAGAGAUGAAUGAUGGUCCACUUUGUAGAUGUAGUGAAAAAUCCCGACGUUCUGGAAUUAGACAUGGAAUAUAUGCAGGCGAGGGUGUUAUAAAUAAAUGCAAUUUAGAUACAAAUAAUGCGGAUAAACUCUAUCAUUAUCGUAUUACAAUAAGUCCACCGACAAAUUUUCUCACAAAAACACCAACAAUUAUAAAACAUGAUGAACAUGAAUUUAUAUUCGAAGGAUUUUCAAUGCUUUCACAUUUUCCACUUGUUAAAUUGCCAACAUGUAAAGUUAUUCGUUUCAAUAUUGAAUAUACAAUUCUCUAUAUUGAUGAAAAAUUACCUGAAAAUUUCACUGUUCGUGAACUUGAUUAUUUUCAUGAAUAUUUUUUUAAAGAAAUACUUGAGUUGAUGGAUUUUGAUUUACAAUCAGCGCAAGAUAAAACGGGAUGUGGACAAUUUCAUUUUAUGCCACGAUUUGUACGUGAUUUAGCUGACAAUGGACAGGAAAUUUUAUCAAUGAAUGAAGUUCUUAAUUAUUUGAUAAAAAGCAGUAAACCAUUAAUUGAUGCUAAAGAUCUUUUACAAACUGCUGAAAUGCCACAGUAUAAAUGGCAAAAUUAUGCCGAUGAAGUGAAAGGAAUGGUUGUUACUUAUCCGGGUAAAAAACCAUGCAGCGUUCGUGUUGAUCAAUUAGAUAGAAAUCAAAAUGAACAACCGCCUGGAAUUGUUGCUUAUCCGGAAAUUGUUCAUUUUGGAAUUAGGCCACCUCAACUUAGCUACGCAGGAAAUGCUGAUUAUCAAAAAGCUUGGCGAGAUUAUGUGAAAUUUCGUCAUUUAUUGGCGAACAUGCCAAAACCAUCAUUUGAAGAUAAAAGAAAAUUAGAAGCAAAGGAAAAUAAACUUCAAGAAUUACGAACACAAAGUAAAAUGAAACGUGAUGUUACUGUUGAUGUCUCAUCGGAAGGAUUUUAUCGAACUGGAUUAAUGUGUGAUAUGGUACAACAUGGAAUGUUAAUACCAGUUCUUGUUUGUCAUUUACGUUUUCAUAAAUCAUUGGAUAAUUUAGAAGCGACACUUGAUUAUAAAUUUAAAAAUCGCUAUCUUUUACAAUUGGCAUUAACACAUCCAAGUUAUCGUGAGAAUUUUGGUACAAAUCCAGAUCAUGCACGUAAUUCAUUGACAAAUUGUGGUAUACGUCAACCUGAAUAUGGUGAUCGUCGAAUUCAUUAUAUGAAUACACGUAAACGUGGAAUUAAUACAUUAAUUAAUAUAAUGUCACGUUUUGGUGCAAAAAAAGAAACGGAAUCAUCAAUAGCGCAUAAUGAACGUUUAGAAUUUUUAGGCGAUGCUGUUGUUGAAUUUCUUACGUCAAUUCAUUUAUUUCAUAUGUUUCCCGAUCUUGAAGAAGGUGGUUUGGCAACAUAUCGUGCGGCAAUUGUACAAAAUCAACAUUUAGCAGUGUUGGCAAAAAAAUUGAAUUUAGAUAAAUUUAUGCUCUAUGCGCAUGGCAGUGAUUUGUGUCAUGAUUUAGAAUUAAGACACGCAAUGGCAAAUUGUUUUGAAGCAUUAAUGGGUGCAUUAUUUUUGGAUGGUGGAAUUGAUAUUGCCGAUCGUGUAUUUGGUGAGACAUUAUUUAAAGCGGAAAAAGAAGGAGGCGCAGGCGCUGACGAUGAGGAUACUUUAACGCAAAUUUGGGUUAAUUAUCCAAAACAUCCACUACAGGAACAGGAGCCAUUGGGUGAUCGGCAAUGGAUCGAGAGAUUUGAAUUACUUCAGAAAUUAACAUUAUUCGAGGAAUCAAUUGGUGUUGAAUUUAAUCAUAUUCGUCUUUUGGCGCGUGCUUUCACGGAUCGAAGUAUUGGCUAUACAAAUUUAACACUUGGUUCUAAUCAACGAUUAGAAUUUUUAGGCGAUACUGUUUUACAAUUAAUUGUUUCGGAAUAUUUAUAUAAAUAUUUUCCAGAACAUCACGAAGGUCAUUUAUCGUUAUUGCGAAGUUCCCUUGUAAAUAAUAAAACACAAGCGGUAGUUUGUGACGAUUUAGGAAUGACGCAAUAUGCACUUUAUGGAAAUCCAAAAGCUGAAUUAAAAACAAAAGAUCGUGCCGAUUUGCUUGAGGCAUUUUUGGGUUCACUUUAUGUUGACAAGGGACUUGAUUAUUGUCAAGUAUUUUGCGAUGUUUGCUUCUUUCCUCGACUUCAGGAUUUUAUUAUGAAUCAAGAUUGGAAUGAUCCUAAAAGUAAAUUGCAACAAUGUUGUUUAACUUUGAGAACAAUGGAUGGUGGUGAACCUGAUAUUCCUGUUUAUAAAGUCAUUGAAUGUAAAGGACCAACAAAUACAAGAGUUUACACAGUUGCGGUUUAUUUCAAAAAAAGACGAUUAGCCAAAGCUUCGGGUCAUAGUAUCCAAGAAGCUGAGAUGAAUUCUGCUAAAAGAGCUUUGGAAAGUUCAGAAGAACUUUUCCCACAAUUGGAUCAUCAAAAGCGAGUCAUUGCAAAAAGUAUGAAACUUCAACAAUGGUCGAGAAAUAAAUCAAGAGCCGGAAAAUCAAAGCAAAUUGAACGAUCUGACGAUUCGGAUUCAAGUCAACAUCAUCAUCAUCAUCAUCAUCCUCCUCUCAAAAGAAGAAGUCGAAGUCGUGAAAAUCGUUCUGAAAAAAGAUCGUCAAGAAAUCGUUAUGACAGUUCGGAUCGUCGAAUGAGAAACAGUAAUUCUAGUAGUAGAAAAAGAAGUUUAGAAAAUUCAAAUAGAAGCCCAGGAAAAUUAAGAAAAAGUCCCAAUAAUUUACGAAGAAAAAAAUCUUUUGAAACUUUGAAUAAAAGUCCCGAAGUUUUGGAAAAAAAUACAAUAACAAGAAAAAAAGAUAAUGAAAAUUUAUUUAAAAAUCAUCGUGAAUUGAGUCCUGAAAUUGUGCGAAUAAAUCGUGAUUCAAAAAGUCCUGAUGAUUUAAUAAAAAAAUUACGUAGCGAUUUAAAUUCAAGUACAGAUGAAAAACAAUUGAAUCGAUAUUUAUCAGAUUCAACUGAUUAUGAUGAUGAUGAUGAUAAUGAUAAUAUUGAGAAAAAGGGAUUAUUAAAAAAUAAAACAAAAAAACGAAAAAGAAAUUCAGAGGACAGAGAUUUAAGUAGUCAAGAGGAAUGUAAUAUUCCUGAACAAUAUAGAAAUAGUAAUUUUUCCAAACAUGAAAAAAGAACAAAGAGUUGAGAAAUAUUAACAAAUAAUAAUAAUAAUAAUGCAUUUUUUAGAGCUUUUAUUAUUGAAUGCGUGAUAUUAAAGAAAUAUUUUCAAGGAAUUAUUUCAAUUAUUAGAAAUUGGAAAUUUUUUCUUGAAAAUAAUAAAAAAAACUAAA